AAGCAAGCGAUUUUUUUUUCUUUUUUUCUUUUUUUAUGAACGAGAAUUUCUGAUUGCCACAACUCUAUUUUCUUUUUCCCCUUUUGUGUACAGUGUCCAUAUCUUUGAGACUCAGAGAGAGUGAAAUCUCUGUGGAAGCAUUCCUUUUCUAUCACACUUGGACCAGAUCCUCAUCACUUCGGAGCAAUGGCAUUGCCGGUGGAAGAGAUGCAGAGGCCGGAAAUCAACUCUUUCACAGAUGAACUGGGAGGAAAUGCUUUGGAGAGCUCACUGGGUGAUCAUCCUCGAGUCAAACAAGCUGUAACUCAAGUGUUUGCGAGUGGGAUAUCGGGAAGUGUACGAUUGCUGAUUCGUGGAACCACAUUGAUUGUUAUGUUUGUGAAGACAAAGUUCAUUGUCCCAAUCGGAGGGAAUUGGACUUCGUCUGGUGGAGGAGGUUGAGUGGGCACAAGUGAGACGCCUGUAGCGUUUGAUCAAGCAGCUGGCGAUCUCGAGGCUGGAGGCUCGCGCAGCAAUAAUGUUAAUACCCAAGAAGGCUUCCCAGAUCAAGAAGGGCAAGAAGAGACUCCAGGCCUCGAACCUGAGGAAAUUCCAGGAUCCGUGGGGUCCGUGCUACUGGACGAUUUCACUGACAUUGGGAAGGUAGCACAGCACUUGAAGCAUCCAGAGACGUAUCUGACCGGUCUCUUGAUGUAUGAGAUGCACUCUGCAGUGCAGACUCUGAAGGACGGCAUCUCGCCGCCGACUCCAGCAAAGAAGACCCUGUGGUAUCUCGUUUUUGGAAACAUCGGGACACUGUUUGUGCUUUUUAUAAUGCUGGCCUGUGCACCCAAGGGAUCCACCAAGGCCAGUAUUCUGGUGAAGAGCAUGACUGCCGCAGGAGUACUAUUGUUUGGGCUGAAUUUGGCUAUGCUUUUUCUCAAGGAUCAACCCUGAAGUAUCUCCUACACUAUCCUUACAAUAAAAAGACUGUAGCUAGCCCACUAGAGCUGAAGCGGAACAGGCCUGGCAUUUGAUUGAUCCCGAGUAUUCAUCAUUGCGUCGAGUAUGUUAUGUUUUCAAGGUUCUCAUUGAUCCAAGCGCCAUCAAGUUGUUGAAACAUGUUUGCCCUCUGAUUGUAUCUAAGAAAUAAGCAAUAUGCGGAUAUUCUCUGAUAUGUGUGUGUAUUUUCAUGUUGGCUUUCAUUUAAAUGUUAUUUUCACAAGAUUAGAAAUAUCAAAAGGAGAACAAACGCGAGGAUGUUUUAUUAAUCUUGUUAUGCACUGUAUUACUUUCUUGAGCGCCAAUGUUCUUUUUUAAGGGAGGUAGGCUUGCGGUUUGCUCCUUCUCGGGAUAUUACAAGGGGAGAACCGGUGUCUUUGUAUUGUUUUAUUUUCUCUGCAUGUAAUUCUUUGCUUAUAUAACGUGAGAUAAGCAAAGGGUUU